GUCGUGGUCAGUUUGGUUUUAAACAUGAGUUGGUGGGGGAGUACUUCAUGAAAAGGACUGUACAUCCUCAAGUCUUUGUGACACACUUCAGUAGUUGUUACCGAGAGGGACCACCAUCCCAAGUCCCAAAAGCAUGAUGGUGAAGUGCGGUGAAUAUCAUGAUGGAGACGCUCAGUGAGAUAUUCAACAGUACUGCCAGAAAACAUCCGGAUAAUGUAGCAAUAGUGUUCUAUGAGAAUGAAUCUUCUCUGCAUCAGGUCACCUAUAAACAGUUGCAAGAUGAAAGUCAGAAUGUAGCAGAGACUAUUUUGGGAAGACUUGGGUUUCUGGCUGAUGUUUCUGACGUUGCAUCGCAUGAAAGUAAUUAUGAUACUUUUGGUACGAAAACUGUCAGUAGCUUUGAUGUAAAUAACGAAAAGCAUCCUUCAGUAAUUGCUAUACUGAGUCAUCCGGGGCCUGCUGUGAUAGCAUGUAUUUUAGGAGUAUUAAAGUAUAAUGCCUAUUUUUAUAUUAAUCCAGAUUGUUCCAAAGUUGAAUUAAUGAGAUGUAUGAACAGGGUAAAACCAAAGUUUAUUCUUGUUGAAGAGGAUCUUUCUGUUAGCAUUGAUUUAGAUUUCUCAAUUCUGAGUAUCUUCUCAGUUUUUGGUAAAUGUUUCAAGUUAGUAAUGUUAAAAGAAUUCCAAACUCAUGUAUUGAAAUGUGUAAAUAGAGAUUUGGCUUAUGUCAUAACGACUUCAGGAUCCACUGGUAUACCCAAGUUUGUUUAUGUACCUCACAGAUGUAUCAUUCCCAAUAUAUAUGACUUUGUGAAGACUUUCAGAAUCAGAAUAGAAGAUGUAAUCUUUUGUGCUGCACCUCUCACAUUUGACCCAAGUGUUGUAGAUUUAUUUAUGGCCUUCAAAACAGGUGCAAAGCUAGUUAUGGUUGCACCACAGGUCUUAAAAAUACCAGAUCUUUUUCUUAACAUUAUGAUCAAGGAAAAAGUUACCAUUUUACAAGCAACCCCAACUCUAGUGUCAAGUAUAAAGGCAAAUGUGAAGGAGACAAUUCUUUCCAAGGACUUGGGAUUAAAAGUUAUGGCAUUAGGAGGGGAAUCUUUUCCUAAGCUUUCUGUGUUGAAACACUGGUUAGGUAAUAAUUGCAAGACUAGGAUCUUUAAUAUUUAUGGAAUAACUGAGGUGUCAUGCUGGGCCACAAUUGAAGAAGUGAAUGUUGAUGAGUGUUUGCAUUAUUUAAAAAACAAGGAUUCGGCAACAAACAACCAAAUUAGAAAUAAAGAAAAUGUUGAUAAUGUGUUUAGCGAUAUGGUUCCCAUUGGUAAGCCACUUAGUUCCACAAUCAUAAAAGUAUUGAAAUCAGACUAUGAAGAGGCAGCUGAAGGAGAACAGGGUGAAAUAUUUGUUGGUGGAACAGAAAGGGUUUGCUGGGUAGAUGACGGUAGUUCAUGUGCCUUAGGUGUCAAAGGUAAUGACUCUGAGCAGUUUUUGAGGCAGACAGGUGACAAAGGAGUGCUAAAGGAUGGCAGCAUAUAUUGUGUAGGAAGGAUUGAUUUUAUUGUUAAGAGAAAUGGACAGAAAGUCAGUCUUCAUGAAAUCACAAGGGCUUGUGAAACAUUUAGUUACAUAGAAAAAUGCAUGACAAUACACGAAGGAAAAAAAAUUAUUGCUUUCGUGUGCACACCAAAUGAAAAUGUAAUUUCAGAAGAGACUGUAAAGAAAGACUUGAAAAGUGUUUUAUCUUACUGGAAAAUGCCAGAUGAAAUAAUAAUUGUCAAAGAAAUUCCCUUUAAUGACCAUGGGAAAGUAAGCAAAGAAAAAUUACUUGAGGAAAGACAAGCAAGAAAAACAUGUAACAUAACCAACUUAGAUUCUCUAGAAUAUCUUUUAAAAAAAUAUUGGACAACAGUGCUUGGUAUUAAUACAGUGCAAUAUAAAGAUAACUUUGUAAAGUGUGGUGGAAAUUCCUUGUCUGCCGUUCAGCUAGCUGAAGAACUUGAAAAGCAUCUUACUUAUGAAGUGCCAGAGCUUCUUGAUGUAAUUCUGAACAGUAAUUUUGAGAACACUCUUGAACUUUUAACACAUUACUACCAUACAGAAAACAAAAAGACCUUUUAUCCUAGGAAGAGACUAAGAAAAGCUGAUCUUAAAAAUGAGUCUCAAUCUGGACAGCCGUCAGGUAUAUCAGAUAGGGAUAUUGUUUUAAACACUAAAACUAAGAUUCAAGAAGACAGAGCUACAAAGACAUAUGUUGUCUCAAGGAGAGGUUUUUAUAAAUAUGGAAAUUUUGAAGUUGAUCUUUUAUCACCACAACAAGCAGAACUCUCAUGGAAAUAUGAUCUGGGAAAGUGUAUAGAUUCAUCACCAAUAAUUGUUGAAUAUAAUAACGAUAAAGUUUAUUUGUUUGUUGGGUCACACUCCCAUAGAUUUACUUGUGUUGAUGCUUUAACUGGUUGUGAAUAUUGGACAAUUACCCUUGCUGAUCGUAUUGAAUCAUCACCCAACGUGUCACAAGACGGUAGAUUUGUUUAUGUUGGAUGUUAUAGCGGAGAUCUUUAUUGUAUUAGUAUCGAUGAUGGGCAUAUAUCUUGGAAGUAUAAAACCGGGGAUGUAAUUAAAAGUUCCCCAGAAGUAGAUUAUAGUACAGGUUAUGUGAUUUUUGGUUCUCAUGAUAAAAACCUUUAUUGCUUGAACAAAGACGGAAAAUUAGUUUGGAAAAAUGAAAUUUCCACGGGGAGCAUAUUUUCUUCUCCGUGUGUUUGUGAUAACAUAGUAUGUGUAGCAACUCUGGAUGGUGCUAUUGCUGGAGUUGAUAUAAACUCUGGAGUUGAAGUAUGGAAGGAUCAUGUUGGUAAGCCAGUGUUUAGUUCACCAGCAAAAUACUCUGAAGGUAUUGUACUUGGAAAUGUUAUUGGUAAUAUAUUUGGGUACUCAUUUACAGGAUGUAGGCUAUGGAAAUAUGAGGUCGGAAGUAACAUUUUCUCUUCACCUUUUGUAUUAAAGUUACAGAGUGGAGAGGAAGUAAUAGCCAUUGGUUGUCAUAAUAAUAAUGUAUAUUUUCUUAAUAGUAGAGGAGAGAAGAUGUCCGUAUAUUGUGGUAAGUCACCAGUAUAUGCAACUCCAUUUCUGUAUAUUGCUAAUAAUAAUCAUAUAAUAUCUGUUAUAUGUGAAACUUCUGGCCUUGUAAAUAUAGUCAGUAUGAAUGCUGGAAAUUCAGAGUGUAAACCGGAGCUGUGUCCUACUGACAAAACUUCUUUCACACCAUCAACGGGAACUGAAAUAAAAUUACCAGGAGAUUUGUUUUCAUCACCUGUAGUACAUAGGAAUAAAGUAUAUAUUUGUAGUAGAGAUAAUUUUAUUUAUUGUUUUGAUUUGAAGCCUGAUUAACUGAAUGUAUUUACCUCUAUUUUUGUAUUCAAAAAAUAAAAUUAUGAAUUGUUGCAAUUUGUGUUU